GGCUGUCAAGUGACGUUUGCUGUCGUGGCGUUGAUAGACAUAGAAAGUAGCUGCCGCCGCAUUGGGUUUGAGUCGUACGUCGGACUUUUGAUACACUAAUUAAUUAAACACUAAAAAAAUCACGGUGAUAAUGCAACGCCAAACACUCGUGCUCUGCUUGAUUGCGCUCGCCUGCGCCACGGGCGCCCAGGCCAGCUGCAAGGCCACGUUGACCGCCUUCAGCACACAGGACGCAACAAUUCUGACGCAGUUGGCUCAUGUUGCCGAGUUCACCUUGCAGUGCAGCAACUCGGCGCAGCCCAGCCUGUUCGCAGAGUUCCCCUGCGGCAAGGUUGUGCCCGUCGCCAAGGUGGGCGAUAGCAAAUACCAGGUGAGCUGGGUGGAGGACAUCAAGCAGGGCAGCAGCGGCAAUGUGCUGGUGCGUCUCUUCGACGAGGACGGCUAUGCCAAUGUGCGCAAGGCACAGCGCGAUGGUGACAAGGUCUCCUCCGUCAAAUCUCUGCUGGACAUCACCGUGCCCACAAAGAGCGCCUACAAGGGACCCUGGAUCAAGGCUGAGCUGCUCGCCGCUGUGCUGGUUGGCGGCGUUGCCUACUUCGCCUUCACCACCAAGAGCAAGGUGCAGUCGUAAAGUGGAGCGUGUGCAUCAACUUCCUGAAUGAAAUUCAUUCACCAUACCAAGUAGUAACAAAUUAACGACAUUAUCCGCGAUUCAUGUACCAGAUUCCAUUGAGAUUUUCACCAUUUUCAUAUCGUUAAGCUUCAUUUAGUACGAGAAUCGUGUAAAUAAAUUGUUCCGAGUCCAAACAACAACAACAACAACUAA